AUGUUUGGUAAAAGGAUCGGCCUCACUUGUCUCUUUGACGAGUUGUACUAUGGUACUACGAAUGGUAAACUCACUGACGAUGCCGACUACGAUGCCAGCGAACGUCUGGGAAUGUACCACGUCCACGGUCCGACUUUGGAAAUAAUUAUGCAUGUUGAGCUUACUUCUAUUUCGAGUGGAAGUUUUGGCUAA